GUCACUAAUUAUUGUUUUAGUCGUAAGCUCGCCGCUCAUGGAAGCUUUGAGAGAUGCGUAUUCUUUGAGCGUUCUUCGAAGUUUUGACGUAAAUGUUUUAUCGUCUCUCAGUUUUAUUGGGAUUUCUGGGUACCCAUUUGACUUGCUUAUGUUAAUCUCCGGUUGUACCUUGCUUUUCGAGUCGUGUCAAAUUUGACGAAACACCAAACAUGCUGUCCGGAACAAAUACCAUUUGCAUUUCGCAGCCAUCGAACGACGUUUCCAUCGUUCGCAUAAGGAGCGGAACUGAGGAUCGGAAAACUGAAGUGGAUGCUAGUAUAGUGCGAUCAACGACGCGACUGCGGCGGCCGAAACGAGAGCGAAGAGGAAAGCGAUGGCUUCGUGGAAAAUUACAACUGCAUUUUGGAUUCGUCUCGGGUGGUUCAUCCAAGUCCACGAGAUCUGGAGAGGUGAAGUUAAAUUCGACACAUCCUAAUCCAAAUUCUCACACUCGAAGAAAAGAUCGUCAGAAGACUCAGGCAAAAUCAGAGCGUUUCAGGAAAAGCCUGCGAACUAUUCGAGGAAUUCCUUUUAAUUACUAUUACACACUGAACGGACUCUUCAGCCGACUUUGUUUGCAGAGGUUUCGUCCAUACAGUGAUUUCCAUAUGCGGUCAUUGAUCCUUCAGGACAAUGGCAACGUUUUGCCAACAUCGGUCACCGCGUUGUCCACCGUCCUUGCAGACUUUGGAUAUGGCCAGAAGGAUUUCCUAGUUGCCGCUAAAGCUGUGAUCGAUGGAGAUAAUAUUACGGUCGAGGCGACAAAAAUUCAGGAAGACCGUGUUGAUUUGACCAAAGUCCAGCCCGGACAGGGGAUUGUUAUGAUGGAAUAUUUGGCAUGUACCAAUCGAAUAGCCCAUGUUUUCAGUAAAGGACACUUUUCAUUGGAGCAGUACAAAAAGGCUGUGGCGGCAUGUCUGGUGAUGUGCGAAAACAGCGCACUUGCUGCAAUGACUGCAUUACGGCGGAAGUAUGACAACUCGCUGGAUGAAAAGCGUGAAAUUAAUCUUACAACUGUGCCGGUAAAAACGACCGCGCUUCUUACUGAUACGCAGAAAUCGGACAUGAAGGCAUCCUUCGGACAGAUGUUGGCCGGGGUCAGCAGCACUGGGUCCACUGCCAGAACGGCUGCCGGAAACACUGUUCUGCCGACGCCUCCUAACCAAAAUGCAGUGCCUGCUCAGCCCAGUGGAAAGAAGUUAACACUUGCUGAACUAGCUAAACGUAAAAAACAGUGAAUGAGGAUUUGAGCGCGACGCGUGUUUUGUUUGGUGAAAAGCUUUGAUGCUCUGUUGUUGGAUUUUGAUUAUCGUCGCUGAUGCAGCGAUCUACAAUGUUUAAAAGCGCUCUGUUCAGUCAGUCUCCUGUACGCAAGUACAGCAAUUGGCAUCCAAGAAAAUAAGGAUUAUUAAAAGCACGCUGGAGCCUACAAGCCUGACCGGCAUUUUGCUCUGCAGCGCGGUUUG